UUUUCCUGAUUCUUCAUUAUUAUUAUUAUUACUGGAUGCUUUUAGAACUGGAUAUCGCAAGGUCUUAGUCUACACUAAGUGUACGAAACGGGUUUAAACGGCUAGCAUGCACGUGACGUAUCGUGAAAUACCAGACGUGACGUGUCGUGCAUGCACUCUUGUUAACAUACAGUUCUUACACUCGGGCUUUUUGCAUCCGCUUCCAUCACGGCACAUGUGCCGUUGCUCCUCUCCAUCCAGACAGCGCGAGUGUGCUUCAGACUCUAGAGGUCUCCAUCCUUCAGCAUCCACACACGCGCUGUGCAUUCUUCUGCAUCGGCCACAGACUCAGAGAGAGAGAGAGAGAGAGAGAGAGAGACAGUGAGGGAGAGACAGAGGACACCGCGCAACGGCAACCCGAGACGCGCGUCCUCCGUCAGAGCGAACGGGAACUUUGAUGAUCUGACGGUGAAACCGAUGGAAACGUGGAGAUGAUGUUCCAGUCCUCGAUGACGGAUUCGUCUUUCAGCAUGUCCAGCUAUGCUGUCCUUGUGCUCGUCUCCUAACAGACUGCCGAUCCAUUUUCUUCUCAAACACUUCUGCCAUACCGCGGCUUUUGAUUGCGCGUGAAGAGCAGCGAAGGAAACGGGGCGCAUUGUUUGAAUUCUCUAAAUUAUAAAGGACUUCCAGCUCACACGGGAUUCGUGAUGUCUGCAACAUACCGCUCCUUAUUCCUCUUGAUGUUGAGUUUACUCUCGGCCGGGGCCCAGACCGAGAUGAAGCGGGUUGUCGGGGACAACGCCACAUUGCCUUGCCAUCACCAAUUCUGGCAGUCUAAUGGACAAACACUGGACAUCGAGUGGCUCUUGCAGAAACCCAACGUCAAACAACGUGUGAUCAUCACGUUCUUCAACAACGAGGUCUAUACUAACGAUAACCCUGCCAGUCGUCUCUCCUUUGCGGGCGACUACCUGAACGGAGACGCCUCUCUCCUAAUCAGCGAUCUGCAGCUGACCGACUCUGGAGAAUACCACUGUAAGGUCAAGACCGGCGGCAAAUACCACUGGAGCCAAGUCAACCUCAUUGUGCUGGUGAAGCCGUCUAAACCCCGCUGCUGGAUGGAUGGCAGGCUUCUGGAGGGCAGUGAUGUGAAACUGAGCUGUAAGUCUUCAGACGGAUCCGACCCCAUUCACUACAAAUGGGAGAGAGUUCUGGAUAAAAGCAAGAGCGUGGGAAAACUGCCUCCCCUCGCGCUCAUCGAUCUGAAGAACCCAGAGAUCGUGACCUUGAGGAACUUGACGCAGGACAGCUCCGGGGUCUACAAGUGCACCGCCAGCAACGAUGUAGGAGAGGAGAACUGUAUCAUCGAGGUCACGAUGCAAUAUGUGCGGGGCAUGGGUGUAGUGGCUGGAGCCGUGGUUGGAGUUUCAUUCGGCGUUCUGCUCCUCAUUCUCAUCAUCUGGCUGGUCUUCCGCAAGAAGGAGAAAAAGAAAUACGAGGAAGAGGAGACGCCUAAUGAGAUCAGAGAGGACGCAGAAGCUCCUAAAGCCAAGCUGGUGAAGCCCAACUCCCUCUCCUCGUCCCGCUCUGGCAGCUCUCGCUCCGGUGCUUCCUCCACACAGUCCAUGGUGCACAACAGCGCUCCCCGAAGCCAGCGUCCACGGCCACCCGCCGUCGCCGCCCUCAAGGAGAACGGACAGCCCCAUGGGUUCCCCCAGUCUCCCCCGGCCUACACGCAGGUCGUGCCUAAAACCCCUGAACCCCCGGCCACCCCGAAAUUCAGACCCCCCAAUCCUCCCGUGGGCAUGUCCAUCCCGGCGGGCGUCAUGGUCCCUGCUCAAAGCAAGGCCUUUCAGACAGUGUAGAGAGUAAAGCAAGCGCGGCCUGGUGCGGUCUCCGUACAAGACACCCACAGUGACUCUUCCAAAAGUUGCAACUACGAUUGGAAAAAUUAAAUACACACAAACAAAUAAAAGCAUAAUUAAAAAUAUAUAUAUAUUAAAUCAAUCAUAUAAAAUCUAAAAAGUUGAAUGCAUAUUUACAAGGGAAAAUACACAGUGGUUGCCCCCUUCUGAAGUAUUAAAAGAGAACAAGGGAGGAACUGAAGAACAAGAGUUUUUAUUCUGAUUCUUUGAUUCCCUCCCCUUCUUUUAAAUCUCAUGGCACAGUCUGACCCUUUUUCACAUUAUUUGUUUUGCUUUCACUUUUGGAGCUCUUGAAGGCUUUGUGGGCAGCGGGGUGGAAAGAUUUCCCCAAGUGCAGUUUAUUUAUUUAUUGCAUCAAAGAGGCUAAAGGUCCAAGGGCAGGCCGGGUUUAAUGAAACAUGAUGGUGAGUGGACUCUGAAGAGAAAUGAAGGAUAUUAUCGAAGAACCUGUUGUUCCUGUCGAAGGCGAGGGGGGCGGCUCUGGGAACAUGAACCGUUCUUCUCAUUCCCAUUCAGUUUUCCUAGAAUGCAAUGCAACAUCAACUGUGGCUCAGAUUUCAAAAUCAAAGCAAAUCCUACCAAUACCUUAACAAACCACUAAAAAGAAGCGAAGUGGUCCCCGAUGGACAUUUCAGCACGUGGAUGAUGCCAUGUAGCGGCACAGAGAGACUUUAACAGUUCAGUCAUCAUGUAACAACACACUGUGGGGCGAAUCCACAGAACGCUUUCGCUACCUUAGCACGCUAUAUUUCAUAAAAACACCCAUUUAACUGUAUUUAAAUAAUGCCAUUGUCACUGGUUUUGCGAAAACCCACUUUUUCUCUGUAAAUUAGGCUGAUAUUGUAUCUUUUCAUUAGGCUGCUAAUGUUUUGCUAUUACUGGCCACAGAUGCAUAUGGUAAAAGAAAUUCGAUAUAAGAGACUGUAUCUAUGUCUUUCUAGCAGCGAUAAUUUAUCAAAUGGUAAUGGAUAAAGAGCCUUCUAUCUGGUAAACAUUUAUGAGGUGAGUCUGUCCUCCAACAAAAAAUGACCCAAUAAGUCGUUUGUGCAAGCACCUUAUUACAACCUAUAUUUACGUUUUAAAGGUAAGCGCCCUCUAAUGGGCAUAAAAGAGAACGAAGUAAUCAUCAUGAAAUGAAAUAUGACUGUCAUUGCCAAUCAAAAUGUGAGUUUAUUUGAAUGCAACGUGUGGACUUUUUACACCAAUCUCACGACAAUUCGAAUAUAUUUUACUAGGUGUCAUUUUUACGAAUGACCACAUCAAAGCACUCCCUUACGGAAAUAAUGCAAAAUCGUGAAUUUAUGGCCACAUUCUCUGGGAUCAAGCCCAAGUAUGAUCACAUGACAUCGUGUAAAGCAACGCACUAACAACUGAGCUACGCAAAAAAUGAUUUAUGAUGCAGAUAAAAGAGUACAAAACAAAAAUGUUAAUGUCCUGUUGCCGAUAGGGGUGCAAUUGUAGUUUUUUACGCUCUGACCCGUAUUACAGGGUUUUGGACAAACGACCUAUACAGGCGUAUUGAUUGGAGGAAAAGUUGUUUAUUUUGGUGGUCCACGUCCAAUAGCUACAAGUAACUUUGCAAUUAUAUGUCAACUAGCAGUCAUUAGCGUAUUAGGCUGUUUAAUAUCAGUUAAUACUUUAUUUUGAUGGUCCCCUAACAGACAUUCAACUGAUUUUAAGUAACUUUGCAAGUUCAUCAACGUAUUAAAUUAACCCUAAUCCUAAUCUAACAUACUACUUAUAGUCUAAAGGGAAUUAGUUGACAUUUGCUCGAAAGGCUAUCAAAAUAUAUGCCAAAGUAUCAUGCAGUCAAGCGCACUUUAAUUACUGUUUCAGGUGCCUUGCAAUGCUGUAUGUACAUUCCCAGUAAAGUACACCAGAUUGCGGCAGUCUGCUGUAUUCUUCACAAUCUAGCGCUCAGAACUGACCUGCAUUAUAGCUGCGCGCAAAGUGUUGCAGCCAGUGAUUUGCACAAUUCCACUCAUGAAUCGGGUGUUAAAAACAAGACGUGUGAAAAAUCAACAACGCCAUCGGCGAGUGCAAUUGGUCCUUAGUGAAUUCCCCCUGCGUGUCAACUGCUCUCUACGCACCAAUACAAAUUUUUGCAGUUAAAUCUGUGUAUAUACAUGGAGUGUACGGUACGUCCUUGACAGAAAGUCUGCGGUCUGGUUUCGGAUGGCAUCCUUAGCGUUUAAUGGACUUAAGUUUGUAUUACAUACCGACUGCGGUAUAUUUGUUACAGCUGUAUUUCCAAUGAUACUGAAACCAAAACCUGUCACAAAUACUAUGAAUGUGUAUAAGUCCAAGAUAGUUUUGUUUUUUAUUUAUUUCUUCCUUUUUUUCUCGAAUACCCAACGGUACUGCAUAAUAGCAUACGAGGCACAAGUAACUUUGAACUAUAAUCUCACAGUACUGUGGACAAGUAAAUGAAAGGGAAUGCCAUAACAGGGACUUAUGUACAGAGAGUGUGUGAAACUAGUGUGUGCGCAUUUGCGGUACUCUCCUUCUAGUUCAUAUAUGCACCACGGUACCGUCCCAGGACUCUCCUAGGACCCUCUAACAACAGGCUGUUUCAAGAUGGCUGGCUCUUUGUGCCAGUCGCCCCGCAGCUUCCUCCGCCAAGCGCUGUCAAAACCCUCUCCAUUAGCGGUGUCUCGAAGCCUCUGGGAAGACCUUGCUUGGUGCAUUUGUGAAAUUCGAAAUGGACAAGUUGCCUGUUUUGUGUGCCUUCACAGUGAAUUCUUCCCCCGAGAUUGCUUUUGUCCUUGGUUCUUUGCAAUGUACCAGACAAAAAAAAAAGGAAGCCAUGUGUAAAACAGCGGAGAGAGAGAGAGAGAGAGAGAGAGAGCGCUCUGGCACAAAGAGGCUGACCAAACACAGCCCCACGAAUAAUGUACACUCUGUAGUCAUGAUGCUGUUUUAUAUUGUACAUACAGAUAAAUAUACGCACACGAUAUCCUUUAAGUUAUCAGUUGAAGAUUGGGGUUAUAGGCCAUAAUAAAGAUGUAGAUGAGGUAUUAUGCAUUUUCAGAGAGUAAUAAUUGGUCACUGUAGCCCCUGACCCGCUAAGCUCCCUUUAAUAAGUAAAAUCAUUUCCUUCUUAAUGGCUACUUAUAUAUCUGCCAUUGAUGGACCUUAAUAUUUAAGAGAGGAAAAGCCAUGUGAGGAAGCAAGCAUACAACACUCUUUUUAGGCCACUUUCAAAUGUAGGUGCCAACCUUGUUUGUCAUUCUUAUAGGGUUGCAGUCUGUAAUGUAGCCGAAUGCUGCCUAUGCCAGUUCGCCGGCUUCUUCUUACUUUCCCAGCAAUUGUGUUUGAUACACACCGAUACACUUCUUCCCAAGUGUACACACACACUACUUCCCAAGUGUACACAGCCUAACACGACCUCAUAAAUAGAGACACACUCGAGACGUGCUCUCCAGAGCCGCUUUCUCCACGAGGCGGUGUAGGAGGUGUUGCUGGCUGAACUGUUGUCAGUAAGUGUGAUGGAUGGGCUGUCAUGAAGAGUGGGGAGUGAAUGAUGGGAAUUGUAAGGAGAACACAGGGUCCAAACCCUACAGAGGUUCUCUAGUACCUCUACCCCCACAACAGAGAGUGAGACGAAACCCAAUUGGGCCUUCACAAUAUGGCUUUUUUGUAGGCAGUUACUCUUCUUGUGUUGAAAUAUCAGCUCUGUUCCAAAACCUAUUGAGCUGCCUUGCUGUCUACUGCCUGUAUAGGUAGCUGGCUCGAAGGUUAGCAUCCUAAUUGAGUGCGAUAGUGCCAGUCCACUUUCAGUGUCCUUGGCUCCUGAAGUGAUUUUCACAUAGACUGAUUUUGAAAAAGUCUUCAUUCAAGCAUUAAAAGCCACAAACCACAUUUACCAGUUACGAGGUAAAUAACAUUAAAAACUUUGAUUGAAGCAAAAAUAUAUUCAAGUGAUACUUUAUAUAUUUAAAUAUUCAAACAGUUGGAUGGGAGCUAAAACGUUUAUUUGGCACAGUUUGCUUGUUGUAAUUCUCUGUUGAAGAUUUCUUAACAGAAUCAUGAAUGACAUUUUAAAAGUUUACAUAAUGCAAGAAAAGCAACACAAAAAUAGUGGGAUUUUUACUUCUGGAACCAGAAUGUUUAAAUGGAAACUUACAAGACUAAUGUGGAACACCAUCAACAGAGGAUACAAUAAUUUUGAGUGUUAUGAUCUUGGUAGAGCUUGGGGUAAGAUGUUGCCAAGCUACACUCCACCAUCUUGGAUUAAAGUUUUUUUUUCUGGUUGAAAUGGAUCAGGUGAUUGCAAUUUAUAAAAUGCUGCCUUGCUGUCUACUGCCUACAUAGGUGAAGAGUCUCCAAGUCUGAAAACUGUAUAAUAAACGAAUAUUGAAAACUGAACAUUUUAAUUAGAUUUAUUUGAGCUUAUUGGUGAUGCUGCCAUUGUAAGGUAUCUCAGAACCUUUCGGAACAGCCUUAUAUGCUUUAAAAUGCUGCCUAAAUAGGCAGCUCUGUAGGUUUUUCGAACAGAGCCAUUGUUACAUGUUUAUUUUUUCUAUUUUUGGACAUUACAGCUCCAAACUAGCCAAGAUCGGCCUACUUUAUUACCAGAAAAUCUGAUUGAAAGCUUGCCUUCCAGCAGGUCCGUUCUUACAUGCAGGCACUUAAGAUGCUUUUUAUUCCUUUAUGAGCCCUCCCCAGUGUCCCCCAGCAAGAAGAACCGGCCUAUUUCCUCAGACAAUUACUCUUUAGUGGCUUUUAUUUCAACACUGUUAAAGAGCCGGCAUGGUGUUUAGAAACCAUCAGUGUAUGUACACACUUCCAUAGAGCCGCCAAAGCAUCUGAAGUGGUGCUCACGUUGCAUGAGGACACCGGGUUUUGAAUGGGAGUUCAAUCCAGGGAAUGAGUUAAGGUCCAUCUGCGAUGUAUUUUUGAGAUAACGCUCUAUUGACUGUCUAUGUAGCCUCUAACCGAUCAUUGUUACCCAACAUGGAUGUUAUUAAAAUAAUGUCAGACGUCUAAAAAGGCUCCUUCGACUCCUCUUAGAAACCGUAGCAGUAUGUGUUACUUCGAGGGGUGUAAAAGGGAAUUCUUUUCCAUUGGAAAAGCAAAGAGAUUGCAUGUUAUGGCCUAAAGGUCAGAUAUCGGGAAUGCUUUGCUUCUGUGUUCAUACCUGUAUUCAGCUGAAUAUGUAAGUGUAAAUAUGACCAACAUCCUCUCCGUCUUUUUUUGGUUUCGUUCACAUAGCUUUAUUUGAACAUUUACUGUGCUUUCCUCUGUUAUCUUGAGGGAUUCUUUUGUUGUUUUUGUUUUGUUUGUGAAUGUGGGAACUCGGGCCUGUAUUUGCCUCAGAGUCCUCGUCUGGUGAGACCGAAGGGAAAAUACUCACGAUCUUCAUUUCUCUUUGCUGUUGCGCACAUUUUGAGUUUUGUAAACCGGUUUGUUCAUUUUGAAGAAGAUCCAUUAUUGUAAAUACGUCCCUCUACAAGUAAAAAAAAUGUAUAUUUUUACGGACUCUGAGUUAUUAAUACUUCAUUUGCAAAUAAAAUAUUCAACGACAA